AUGGCUGGAAACAGAUUAGAGGUUCAGCUCGUUCUUGCUCCCAAACAUCAGCUGAUUGAGGCCAUAGACAGAGAAGAUGAUUGGACUGGCUUGACAGACCCGGCUGCGAGAAGGAAGAAACAGAACCGCUUGCAUCAGAGGGCAUGGCGACGGCGAAAGGCUCUUCAAACCGCAACACCAAUACUUCCCAAUCAUGCAUGGCUCCUCGACCACCAAAAAGCUCCCAAUAGAGAUGCCGAGCGCUCAGAGGAAUUUGCAUUUUAUCAAGAGCCUCAGCUCAAUUCAAAUGUCGGUCCGGAUUGCGAAACUGAUUUCAGUUACAAUACAUCCUUAACAGUUCGAUUUCUCGACUCCGCACCUUUCGAGUUUUCACAGAAUGCUGAGUCCAACUUCCACCUUGUUGAUUACAAUAUUUCAAACCAAACUCUAUCGACCGCUUCUAAACUCAUUCCACCACUUCUCCCAUACCUCAAUCUGAAGUCGUUCACUUGGGAUUUCGAUGCCAGGAGCAGGCGUUUCACCUUCCCUCUCCCUGCAGACCAACGCCUCAUAACGCUUUCACAAUAUAAUGUCUUGCGAGCGAGCCUGACGAAUAUGAAGAUCAUGUCACUCCUACAUACAAUGCCAGCGGAAUGUGGCGCAGCGUUCGGUAUUGCCACUCUUCCAGCUCCCGAUAAUAUUCCUGUCUCUCUACAACCCACACCACUUCAGCAAGCAGUUCCACACGAGUCCUGGAUCGACUGCCUACCUAUUGGUGCAAUGCGAGAUAAUUUGAUCCUUAAUUUUGGAAAAUAUGAUCAAGAUGAGUUAUGUUGUGACUUGAUAGGUGGCUUAUAUGAAGGCUUUGAUGAUAUUCAGUUGAAAGGUAUGUUGGUAUGGAGCGAUCCUUGGUUGUCAGAUGGAUGGGAAGUGACCGAGGGUUUUGCAAAGAAAUGGUCGUUCCUGCUGAAGGGCUGUAGUGAGUUGAUCGAGUCGACGAACAGGUAUCGGGCGUCGAGAUAUGAAGAGAGGUUGAUUGUUGAAGUGUAA